GUGAGCUUCUCCCCUUUGUCUCACUGCAACCGACUCAUCGGAGAGCACGGCAGACGUCUGGUUCGUCACUCGUCAUGAAAGAACCGGUAGAUCAAGACCAUUACAGAGUGCUCGACGUAGCAUACAAUGCAACCGGAGCACAAUUGAAAAAAGCCUAUCAUGCCGCGGCCAAGAAGCAUCAUCCUGACAAAGUGACUCCGACGAGGACUGCAAAGAGUACUGUGGCCUUCCAGCAUCUCCAGGCAGCAUACGAGACACUGUCUGACUCGGCUUCUCGUAAAGCGUACAACUCACGAUAUCCAGCAAUCAAGGCCCAAUGGGACGAGUGGGAGCGACAUCAGAAGACACGAAUGGUGAAACGCCAGAGACGCACGCGCUUCACAGAAGAGAUCGUCGUCCUCCACAGCGAGAACGACGAGUUCAAAGUUCAUUUGCACUUCCUGACCGUGCGUUCUGCCUUCUUUCGAGAUCAAGCUGAGAUCGCAAGGCGAAAUGGCAUUGGUUUCACAGACGAGGACGAUGUCGUAGCAGCGUAUGCGCAUUUCGUGUACCAUGGUGAAAUCUUCACUGAGCUGUCCGAAGCAGUGCUUGCAGCGACAGAGGAGGCCGAUGGUUCGACGAUUGUGAAAGCCGAACAUGACUUCUUAGCGAAGCUUUAUAUUUUUGGCGAGAAGGUCAAGGACGACGCCUUCUGCGACCAAGUCAUCACAACUCUCGCCGCAUCAAUCGACAGACGAGACGCGAAAGGUGGCCGCACAUUCCCCAAUUGCAAAGUCGUGAAAGCAAUCUACGAACGCACUACUCCCGGCAGCCCCAUACGACAGAUGAUGGUCGACAUCUACGCUGAGAACUCUGGCCAACAUUGGUUCCCGCAUCGAGCAUACGAUUACUUCCAUCCUGAAUUCUCGUACGAUCUGGUUCGAGAGAUUCUACUGCACAAGACACAAUGUCCUCCUAAGGGAAGAAUCGUGGAUCUUGCGCCAAGGUGGCAUAAGCAGAGGGAUUCCAAGUGAGCGUUUUGAGUGCGGGUAUAAUCUUCGGACUGGAUGCUCCUUUCUUUUGCCGGAUGAUGAGGAUUGCUUACUAAAAGCCCUGGCGCAGGCCGCCAGAUGUACAUGUUCAAGGCACGAUCUGGCUCGGCCAGAUGUUUUGCGAAGGCAAGCAAGCCCGUGAUCUGGGAUAAUGAGGGAAGAGUCAAUGAUUGGCGGCUGUUUUGUGGAUGCUAUGUCCAUAAGGAUUCAUUAUUCCGUGUUUCGUACUUAUGCCAUGAAUGACUGUUGCAUGAUGGAAAAUAGUCAUACUAGGCCAUGUUAUCACAUCGCAGAGUCGCGCCUCUUCUUGGGCGCCCCAAAUGUCUCUUCCUCGACCUUCCACUUGUCGCAAAGCUCUGUAUACCUCUUUGCAUAUCCUUCAUGCCUCUUCUUGAAUUCUGG